UUCUGCCUAGUUCGGACCCCUAAAACGGUUUGUAAACUUACUUCUAUUUAAAGCUGCAGAACGAUUAAACAUUAGGUUAAGUGGAUCCCCUGGGGUUCUUUCCAAGAGAGUCAACAGAUAUGGCCAGAGAAAUUCAAACAAAAAACAAAGCUACUGAAACAAUGAUUCAGAUUCAUACAUAGUUGAGACCUGAGAGAGAACCCUAAUUCGAAAGAAACUCUCUUACCAGCGUCGAUAACGGCAUCCCAAUCAGUCUCAAUGGACCCAUCCUUCUUGAACUGCUUCAAGUCCCAAGUCCCGCCAAUCCACCUACCAUCCACGAACUUGCUCACCGCCGCUCCGUUGGAGCUGUCUUCCGCUGCAGCUUCGGGCUUAGACGUGGAUGGCUCCUGGACGGCAACGGCUGCAGCGGCGGGAAUUCCGGUUCCGUUGUCGACGGAGGCCCUGGGGGCGGAGAGACGGAGGAAUGUGGUGGCGUUGGUGGGUCUGAGGAAGAGGGCCGGCCCGGUAGGGGAGUGCAAGAGGAGGCGCGUGGUGGCCGCCGGCGAUGGAGAAAGGAGCGUUGUGGAAAUGGACAUGUUGGCGGUGGAGGUGGUGGUUGCUCAGCAGCUCAUUGUGCAGCAAGGAUCUGGGUUAUAUCCUUUUCUGGUAGAAAGUAUCUGGGUUAUCUAUCAGCUUUUUCAGUUUUUGUACUUCGUGGUAGGAUGACACGUGUAAGGUUAUGAAUGGUUCGUGGAGCUUCACGCAAAUUUGAUGGGACGAAUAUGAUUGGAUGUUCACGGCAAAUUGGAUUCCUUUUUCAAAUAUGAAUUGGGCCUCCACUACUUAUGUGUUUGAUUAUGGGCUUUCUGUUAGACCAAUUAAUGGUCCAGAUUCUAGUGAACUAAGUUUAAGCCCAAGUAUAAUCAGAGUACAUAAGGAUUUAGGGAUAUCAUAUUUCUGCCAGAUAGUUUACAAUAAUGUUGUCAAAUAAAAAAAAUGAAACACAAUAUUUGAU